AUGCCAGCCCCGUCGACUACACCAAAGUCGACGAAACAGGCUGAACCUGCCACUACAGGGCCGAAGACCCCUUUCUCUGUCGAGGAGAGUAAAGCACAACGUCUAGCACGACAUCAGUCUCGGUUUCGUACCCGUGGAGGCGCCUUAAUUCCCUCGGGUCCUAAUAAACUCAUCGAUAUCCUCCUCUCCAAGGACAUCAAUGGCCUCUCACCGACGAAACGCCGUCAAUCUCUUGGUCAACGAAAGUCGAGGGGAAGAGCCUCGAUCAGUGCGAAAGUUGCUGUGACCGCAGCGAAGAAGAAUCAGACCAAGGCAACUCCGAAGAAGGCAACUACGAAGGCUGUAACGCCAAAGAAUAAGACUGGGAAGGCUGGGAAGACUAAGACGACGGCGAGAGUGCAGGAUGAAGAAGAGGACGAGGUGGUGGAAGUGAAGAAGCCGAAGUCAAGUGCCAAACGGAAGAAUACAGCUGACGUGGAGGAAGAUGACGAUGUGGUGGAGGUGAAGAGACCAAGGGCGAAACGAAAGAGCGCAGCUGCACCUAUUAGUAAAGCUGUAGGGAGGGCGAAAGCGAAAUCUAAGCUGCCGUCGCCGGACAGUGGUACGCCCAUCAUUCUGCUUUAUCAUGGCCCUAACUCUUCAUGUUCUUCACGUUGA